AUGGAAUCCAACUACAUCCGGUUCACGGCCCUGUCUGGCGCAAAGUCGGAAUCAGCCCUCUGCUACCUGCUCGAAAUCGACGAGGCAAAGAUCCUGCUCGACUGUGGAUGGAACGAUGCCUUUGACGUCGAAGACCUAAAGCAGCUCAAGAGAGUGGCGAAGGACGUUGACGCGUGUCUACUCUCCCAUGCAACACUCCACCACCUCGGAGCAUUCGCAUAUGCGAAAUCAUACCUGGGCCUCCGUGCCCAGACCUACGCGACCUUCCCCGUCAUGGACAUGGGUCGUCUCUCCCUCUACGACAGCUGGCAAUCCAAACGGGCGACCGAGGACUUUGCGACAUUCAACCUCGAGGAUAUUGACCAGGCGUUUGAGUCCAUUACAUGUCUGAGAUACCAACAGCCCACAGAAUUGGUCGGCAAGUGUAAAGGGAUUACGAUUACAGCUUCCUCUGCGGGACAUACUGUUGGAGGUACUAUUUGGAAGAUCUCGAAGGAUACAGAGUCGAUCCUUUAUGCCGUCGAUUACAACCACCGAAAAGACAAACAUUUGGAUGGAACGAUUCUACUUCAAACAGACGGAAGCGCACCUCAGGAAUUUCAACGUCCAUCGCUCAUGAUCACUGAUGCCUUCAAUGCCCAACAGACUCAACCCUCUCGACUUUCUCGCGACAAAGCACUCUUAGAAUCAACGAUAGCAACACUGAACAGCAAUGGGUCGGUGCUUCUCCCAACAGAUUCUUCGACACGUGUGCUGGAACUUGCGUACAUGCUGGACUCUUACUGGAUGGCGUGCAGGAUCCGGUACCCACUCAUCCUGCUCACCAACUUUUCCUACCGUACCGCACAUUUCGCAACCUCGAUGAUGGAAUGGAUGGGCGACACCGUCUCUUCUCAACUCACCGAGACCCGCGAGAAUCCCUUCCAGUUCAAGUACCUGCGACUUUGUCAGCGACUCAGCGAUCUCGACAAAUACCCGGGCCCCAAAGUUGUUCUGGCUUCCAACCUUUCGAUGGAGACUGGGUUUGCAAGGGAGGUCUUUUUGAAGAUGGAUUGGUCUAAUAACCCGCAGAACACUCUUAUCUUGACGGAACGCGCUCUUCCUGGAGAAUUGGCCCGGUACCUCUAUGACGAAUGGAAGCAAGGGGUGGGGGAAUUGUCGUCCAAGGAGGUUGGAGGCGAAGUUCAGCUUGACAGUGUGCUCCGGUUAAAGGUCGACAAGAAGGUGUUGUUGGAGGGUCAGGAGCUGGCGGAUUUCAUGGCGGCACAGGAGGCAAGACUGGAACGAGAGCGUGCGGAUGCAGCGCUGUUGGAGCGGAAUCGGAGGACGCUCUUGGAGGAGGAGAGUGACAGUGAUGAGGAUGAAGGGUCGAUCGACGGCGACUCGAACCUGGCUGAGAUUGAUAUGCUGUUGACGAAAUCAGGAAGCCACGACGUGUACAUGAAAGAUGCGACCAAAUCUGGAGGCUUCUUCAAGCAGACGCAGAGUUACCGGAUGUUCCCUCAUGUUGAGCGCAGGAAAAAGAUUGAUGACUAUGGAGAGUCGAUUGUGGUGGAACACUUCUUGAGCGCCUCGUCGACUGCUCCUCAGGAGGGCGGUCGUGUACCGAAUGGCAAGGAUGUGGAUGCGAAUGGCGACUCGCGGAUGCGUGGUGGGGAUGAUCAGGACGAUGUGACGAUGAUGGGUGAUGACAAUGGUGAUGUCAAGGAUACGUUGAUGGAUCCUGAUAUGAUCCAUCCUGAGGACAGCUUGCCCUCAAAGUAUGUCAGUUCGCAGGAGGAUUUUGCUGUUCGGUGCAAGGUCCGAUAUGUCGAUCUGGAGGGUCGUGCUGAUGAGAGUGCCAUGAAGACUAUUCUUCAAGCCAUUGCACCCCGCAAGCUGGUAUCAGAUCUGACACGAGAGAUCUACACACCAGGAGUGGGCGAGAUCCUGAACGUCUCGGAGGUAACCAACAUGUACAAGAUCAACCUGACGGACGCUCUGUUGAGUUCGCUGACCUUCUCGAGGUUGGGCGAGUACGAUCUGGCGUACUUGGUGGGUCAAGUCCAGAUCCCUGCUGGGUCUACAGCCCCUGUGUUGAGCAUGCCUGCAGUUGUUGGUAACCAGGAGGUUCCUGGAGCAAAGAGAUUGACAGCCGGAACUGGAGACGCUAUGGCUGUCGAGGACCAGACACCUGAAUCUGCGCCACAACAACAACAGCAACAACAACAACAACAACAGCAGCAGCAGCAGCAGGGACUUCUGGAACACGGCGCUGCCGCCGCCCCCUCCACAGAAAUCACGUCGACGACCGCAUCAACUUCUGUAGCCACCAGCGCACUUGUCACACAACAACAACAACUCCAACAACAACAACUGGAGAUGCUGGCUCGCGAACACCAACCGGUGUUUGUGGGUGACAUUCGUCUGACAGAGUUUAAGAACCGGGUCUUGAAACAGGCCGGGAUCGAAGCUGAGUUUAUGGAGGGAGUCUUGGUCUGCAAUGGCGUGGUUGCUGUCCGCAAAGUCGAGGAGACGGGCCAGAUAUUGUUGGAGGGAUCGCCCAUGUCCAAUGAUUAUUAUGAGGUCCGGCGGUUGUUGUAUUCGCAGUUUGCUCUCCUGUAA